AUGGGAACAGUGAUCGACGCAUUAAAGAAUAUUGAAUAUGCUGUCAACAUUGCUUUCGACAUCACCAGCCAAAUUGUCAAAAUCGCAUAUGUCGUCAAACUAUCCAGAAAUAGAACAACGUUGAAGGGAGAGGUGGAAAAAUCGGAAACAGAAGCGACACAUAUAAAUGUGAUCCAGCUAAGCUCGUUUGAGUUUGAUACGGCCCUAAAAUGCAUUGCACAAAAAGCUGGUCGUUUAAAGCACACCGAAAUACCGGUGAUGAGGAAUCAAGGAUCAGCCGUAUUAGCAGCUGCAAUCACGGAUGUUUUCGGUGAAAGAGCCGUCGAACACUAUCCCAAUAUCACGGCUAAGGUCUUGGGCACCACUUUUCUACUGAAGAAUGUCCUGGACGAGUCUUUUCGAUAUUCAAGAACGGAUGAAAACCCUCAUUAUCACUUCGAAACUAUCAAUUUGGAAAAAUCGUUUUUGAUAGCUGUCCUUGGCACUGGAUUGCAGAUUAUAAGGGUCGCUUCAGACGGAUCUUACCGCCGCGUUCGCGGAAAUUCAUUGGGAACCAGCACUGUUUUGGGAUUAUGUAAAUUACUGUUUGAUAUAGAAGACCUUGACGAAAUUAUCACAUUGGCAGAACAAGGGGACCAAGAAGAAAUGAAUCAAGCAACCGACUUGAACAGUGCGCUAUUCUCUGAUCCGUUUGAUGAAAUUCAACCUGGAGCUUUUUCCGCGUUAGCAUGUCCCCAUUUUGUCGAAAAGUUGAGGAAAAACAAACACUUAAAGAUGGAUUUCUGCCGAACUCUACUCGAAAUGCUGGUCGAAAAUAUUGCCCAGAUUACCGUACUCUCCGCCUGGGUAAAAGAAACAGUCAGUACCUCAACCGAAUGGACAGAAGCAAAUCGACCGGCUCGAAUAUUUUUUGAUGGGCCUUUGAUCCGAAAUUACCCAUUUGUGAUGAGGCUUCUGACCGAACGGGUUGAAGCAAUCAGUUCGGGUUCUAUGCAAGCCCAUUUUUUCCGACAUCAGGGCUUUGCUGACGUACUUGGCUUAUUAAUGCUAUCAAGUCAAAAUGCAGAAGAAAAGGGAAAAGCCGAUACAAAAGAUAUCUGGGCGGAAAGUUGGGAGGAAAAUAUUGUAGGCACUUCCGAAUUUCUGAGCUUCGUGCCCAAAUAUACGCAGGUGCAAUUGGGACAGACGACGUCUCUCGAGUUAAUCUGCCUGGAUACGAAGGUUGCGCUCUUUCCACUGAUCCACCCUGUACGGACGUACAGCCCUGAUACGCUCGACUUCCAAGAUGAUCAUGUGGCGCGGCAAAAAUGGAUUGACAUCCUGUGCGGGACCAGUGAAAAGAUGUCGCAAAGGGCAACAAAGAGCCAAGGGGCACUUCCAGAAGUGGAAAAAUUCCUUGAGCAACUGCGAGGAUGUAUGCAGCAACUUGGGGAGAUGCCGCACGCUUAUGGGACAUCAAAUGCGAGAGAUUUGUUGGAUAUCCGGGAACAGCUAUUGAGAGAACAUGGUUUCGAUGAUAUCUAUUUGGCUCAAAAAGCUUUGGAAAAUCGUCACAGCUUGCGGUUAUUGCGAUCUUGUCUUGAUGGAAUCGAUCAGGUAUCAGACGACCGUGAACGAUUGCUCAAGGCUACCCGGAAUUUCCUUGCCGGAAACGUCUUUGAUUGGGGGGCAAAAGAAUUUGUUGAAAUGAUGCAAUCCCCAGAGGGUGUCACGUUUGAGAGAGCUCUGGAGCUGCUGAAACCAAGACCCUGGCUAAUCGAUGAUUUUGAUCAAUUUCAAACUCGUAUUUUUGAUCGAAAAUAUAAAAGUGCUAUAAUAUUCUGUGAUAACAGCGGUGCCGAUUUUGUGCUCGGGGCUUUGCCAUUUGCCCGGGAAUUGUUGAAGCGCGAAAUAAUGGUAAUAAUGGCUGUAAAUAAAGACCCAGCACUAAAUGAUGUAACGAUUGGGGAGGCAACGGCGAUUUGUGACGAAGCCGCAAAAAUAGAUUUGCUAUUACGCGGGAAAUUGGCCAUUAAUGAAUUAUUAUUACUACAUAAUGGCCACGGCUCACCGUGUUUGGAUCUCAGGCGAAUGAGUGCUGAUAUUAACGAAGCGGUGCUGGAGCGCCAGGUGGAUCUGGUGAUAUUUGAAGGGAUGGGUCGCGCUUUGCAUACAAAUUUGAAUGCACAUUUGAGUGUAGAUUGUGUUAAGGCGGCCGUAAUCAAAAACCAGUGGCUGGCUGAAUAUAUUGGUGGUGAAAUCUUUGAUUCGGUUUUUAAACUGGAAUUGGCUGAUCAAAAU